ACCCAGCCCGGUCCCCGGCCUGCCUCCCAGCUGCCGGGCGCACCUCUUUCGCUGCGUGCUGACCCUCGGGGACGCCGCGCCAAUUCGGGGCGCUGCGGGACCCUCCACCCGGGACGCCCGCCCCUCCCCGGGCCUCUGCUCGCUUGCCCGCUCGCGAAUCCGUUCCCCUCGUCGGCCUCUCGGUCCGGGAACGUAGGGCGAGCUGAGAGUAGGCCCGGGGAGGGUGGUGACCACCGCCGAGGAGCUGUAGCUGUCAAGAUGAUAGAGGUACUGACAACUGACUCUCAGAAACUGCUACACCAGCUGACCACCCUGUUGGAACAGGAGUCUAGAUGUCAGCCAAAGGUCUGCGGCUUGAAACUAAUUGAGUCUGCACACGAUAAUGGCCUCAGAAUGACUGCCAGACUCAGGGACUUUGAAGUAAAAGAUCUACUCAGUCUAACUCAGUUCUUUGGCUUCGACACUGAGACGUUUUCCCUAGCUGUGAAUUUACUGGACAGGUUCUUGUCUAAAAUGAAGGUACAGGCGAAGCAUCUUGGGUGUGUUGGAUUGAGCUGUUUUUAUUUGGCUGUUAAGUCUAUAGAAGAGGAAAGGAAUGUCCCCUUGGCAACUGAUUUGAUUAGAAUAAGUCAGUACAGGUUCACGGUUUCAGACUUGAUGAGAAUGGAAAAGAUUGUGCUGGAGAAAGUGUGUUGGAAAGUCAAAGCUACUACUGCCUUUCAGUUCCUGCAACUCUAUUACUCACUCAUUCAAGAAAACUCGCCAUUUGAAAGGAGAAACGAUCUUAAUUUUGAAAGACUAGAAGCCCAACUUAAGGCAUGCCACUGCAGGAUCAUAUUUUCCAAGGCAAAGCCUUCUGUGUUGGCAUUGUCCAUCAUUGCUUUGGAGGUCCAAGCACUAAAAUAUGUAGAAUUAACAGAGGGGAUUGAAUGUAUUCAGAAACAUUCCAAGAUAAAUGGCCGAGAUUUGACCUUCUGGCAAGAGCUUGUAUCCAAAUGUUUAACUGAAUAUUCAUCAAACAAGUGUUCCAAACCAAAUGUUCAGAAGCUGAAAUGGAUUGUGUCUGGACGCACAGCUCGACAACUGAAGCAUAGUUAUUACAGAAUAACUCACCUCCCAACAAUUCCUGAGACGGCUUCUUAGGUGGUAAAUCUGGCUGCUUUCCAGGUCUACACCUGAAGAAUCUAAAUAUUGUCUUCAGUAAUAAACAAUAUGGGAUUAAAAUAGUAAAGGGCAGAACGACUCUGUUGAUCUAGUUCGUGAAUACUGGAGGGCAUUUACUGUGUACAAGACUCAGCGGUCUCAAAAGAAACGGCCUAGCGAACCUCUAAACAUAUGUCAACACUUCCGUCACCUUAUUAGCUUAGGAAAGAGAAUCUUCCAAACCCGAAUUUUCAAAGUAGUUAAUGAAAUAGUAUUUUUUAAAAUUACACAUCACCUCACUGUAGCUCAUUUAAAGCUAAAUAAACCCAAGCAGAAGGACGAAAGAAAAAGUUUGACCCAUAUAUGAACAAGUUUGAGUCUGUUCUUUGAUUAAGAAAAUGCAGUAUGCACUUGGGUGAUGUAAUAACAAAGUAAUAUAGGGCGGACAGUCGCCACGUUAGGUUUCUGGAAAAUGCUGGGGCCUCUCAAUUCUAUAUUUAGUAAUUUUUCUCUAUAGCAGAUGAGUACCAUUCCAAAGUAAUUAGGUGUUUAAAAAACAUUAACUUGUUUCCUGAUACAUAUACAUUUUUGCCAUCUAAAUUUUUUAAUCAUAGCAAAGAUUUAUUGUUUAUGAUUAAAACUAAAUGUUGCCAGGCUUUGUGGCACACACCUUUAAUCCCAGCAUUCAGAAAGCAGAGGCAGGUGGGUCUCUGAGUUCUAAGCCAGCCUGGUCUACACAGUGAGUUCCAGGAAAGUCAGAAAGCUACAUAAUAGAGAGACCCUGUCUCAAAAACAUUUUUUUUAAAAAAGUAAAUGUUGCUGAAAAGAUGGUUCAGCAGGUAAAGGUUCUUGUCGCAUGCCCCUAAGUCAAGCAACCUGACUUCAUUCCCUAAGCCCCACAUGAUGGGAGGAGAGAGGAGAGCAAACAUAUGAUCAUUCACCUUGGAUAUCAGUUCAGGUUGUCUUUAGCAGCUUUCAGAAGGGAGGCAGAUUUCUGUCAGGCUGGGUUUGUGUUGUUAGCUUAGGUAAGGUAGUAGGAUUGCAGUCGCAACAAAAAACUGUCCCAAGUCCUUCUCUGCCACUCUGACUGUGAGUUUUAAGCUAUGAAACCUCAGAACAUCACCACCUUAGCAGAAUGGUCUCAGUGUUGGGAAGACUCCUGAUUCCAGGCUUGGUAGAGCUAUGCUUAGGUUUGAAUUCACCCACAAAACAUUCAAAUCAAGGCAAAAGACAUGAAUGUGAAAUACAACUGUGAAGCUUCAUUUUAACAUUGGUCUAACAUCCUAGAUUGGAUCAAUAUAUACUGAGGUGGUAUUGAAAACGGUAAACUACUUCAUUUAAAUCUCAAAAUUUAAAUUGCGAGGUUUACAUCAAAACCAACAUUUCACAAAUGCACUUUUAAGGUAUUAUCGGGUAAUUUAAGCAGUAAAUGGUUUCUUGGCACCCAUAACCAAGUACUAGCUAAUUUAGAGGUGGGAUUUUUAUUGCUAUAUGAGAAUUACAUUUAAACUUGUGGGUGUUUUCUAUAAAGCAGGUCUCUCACAAGUUUUGAAAAUUUAUUGUUACCUUUAAUGUUUCUUCUAGAGAACAGGUGGUUUGUAUCCAUAAUAAAAGAAACCUACAGAACUGCUGCUUCAAUCUAGCCGCAAAUGAGAAAAUUUGUUUCUACUGUGUUAAUAACCGGGUGAAUUAUCACUCUGAAAAUUUAUUUAUUGCAUCAAACUUAGUUCAGGCUUGAAAAUGCACUGCUGAAGGUUUUCCCCCCACGGUUUUAUUAUAAAACCGCCACACUGCUUCUAAGGCAUUUUGUUUUAAAAGGAAGAGAAAAUUUGGAAAGCGUCUACUGUGUCUUAAGGGAGGCACUCUGUAAAACCACCAAGGUUGGCCUUGAAUGUAAGAUCUACACUGUUAAAUUGUAGCUGCUCCUCAGUGCAGCCUGAGUCCACCCAGCGUGGCUGUAACCAUUUUGACAUGUAAUGGAUAAUGACUAAUGGAAAAUAAACCAAAGAAUGGGAGUAUUUUAUCCUUAACCUUUGUAAACCAUUUUUCAUGGUUACCUUUUCAGUUCUUCCUAAAGGCUGAUUUUGAGUGGACAGAAGUAAACUAACCAACUACCA